AUGGCGGCCCUAGUGGCCUCCAAGGUGUUCUACCACCUAGAAGAGUAUGACGAUGCCUUGCGCUUGGCACUGGGUGCAGGACGUCUCUUCGACCUGAACAAUCGGUCUGAAUACGUGGAGAAGAUUGUCGCAGUCGCCAUCGAUGAGUAUGUCAAGCUGACGGGAGAAAACUUCGAGCUCGAGAUGAAGAAGAAGGACCCAGUAGCCAUCGAUAGCCGCCUCGAAGAUGUCGUCAACCGGAUGUUUGGACGCUGCCUGGAGGACAAGGCCUACAAGCAGGGCCUUGGUAUGGCUUUGGAGACACGACGCCUUGACAAGAUUACUGAAUUCAUCACGAAGAGCGACGCCAUGGCUGAGAUGCUGGAGUACGCACAGCUCUCGGCAAUGACUCUGCUCACUUCGAAAGCCUUCCGGGAACGCGUCCUGAAGGCGCUGGUGGAGAUUCACACCUCUGCCCAGGACGUGAAUCUCGCUGCCCUUGCGCAGUGCUACUUCAUCCUCGGGGAGCCAGGGGAG